AAUUCUUAACCAUGGAUUCCGAUAUGCCAGCGGAAGAGUCAACUGAAAGUGCGACCGAUGGGACGGACAGUCAGAUAGUAACUGGUGGGAACAGUGAAAAGCCCGACAAAACUCCAGAAAAUGAUUCGACAGCUAGAGAGCUUGAAAUCAGCGGCAGUGGCGAGAAAAGUAUGAACAAUUCGGUCUUGAAUCAAGAAAAUAUGAAUGGAGUAGAACAUUCUAUUCAGAAUGAGCGAAUUGCAACGGAUUCGGAAAAUGUCAAUGAAACUGCUGACAUUGCCCCACAUUCUAUGAAUCUAUCCAAUGCUGAUCCUGCAUCGUAUAUCCAUUCGGAUUAUAUAAUAGCCAUGUCUCUGCAAGAAGAAGAAAAUCGGAAUAUGCGGCCGAUUUGCAAGCCACAAGUUGAUAGCAUGGAAGAGCCGAUAGACUGUCUGGAGGCCGAGGAGAACUCGUUUCGAGACUGCUACAACUUGUACAAGAAAUGCCAGAUGCUCCGCCCAGGAGUUCCGGUUCCACGGCCGAUGUCGUUACUCAACGUCAGUGUGCUUCAAUUUAUCCGUGGAUAUUAUAAAGUUCUCAAAGGACAUGUCUUCGCGAUACCUGAAACUCCAGACUCGACAGUACCCGAAUCUCCUGACAAUAUUAAAUCGGCUGAAAGGGAUGACGAUGACGUUUUCCUGCCAGAUGACGAUUUUGAAGAGGUAAAACCAAUGUCGGCUUUUAACGAAUUUGUGUUGGCUGCUAAAGGUCGUAUUGAUCGAGUUUCAAGACAUCCACUUUUCCCACAAGUCAAUGGAAAUUCACCAGCAGACGAUGGCUAUUCAGCGCCAAAACGUCGUAGGCUUAUCGAAGACGAUGAUGAAGAGGAAGAAUCCAUGAGAUAUCUUGAUCCAUCUGAACAUCCAGUCGAUACGAUUGAACUUGACGAUAUAACUGAGGAUGAAGCUCUUGCUCGAGCAAUUUACGCAUCUGGGAAGUUUUAUGAAAAAGAAAAUAGGUCUCGCGCACCUGAAGAUGAUGGAUUUGAGGCCCCAGACGAAGAUCUUCUGCAAGAGGUCACGUCUCAAGAAAACACUGCCUCACCAGAAACAGCGCCAUCGUCUUCUGAAGAUUCAUCUCCAAUGGUUGACGAAGAGACGCAAUCAUCAAUUGAUAAGAUUACAUAUUAUCUUGUUCAGUUAGAUGCUCUGAAAAACGCUUCUGCAUCAGAAAGUGCUUCUAAUAAGCCUAAUAUUCCUUGGAAAGAUCCAGAAAACAUGGAGCCAUUGAAUGAUAUUCCUAUAGCUGAGACCAUAAAGAUGCCACGCGAAUAUGUUCAAAAAAUUGCCGAAGCACAGGUUGCCGCCGUCAAGAACAAAAGUCUUCCAGUAACCAACAUCACACCGCGUCCAAAGAAGUCUUUCAAUUUUCGAAAGAUUAUGCACGAGCCUGAGUUCUUACAAAUUGCUCGCUCCACUGAUUUUUCGUCUGUGGUUGUUCCAGAACUUUUGAUGAACACGAAGUUUGAGGUUUACAUUCGAUUCCCAUUGCUCGAGCGUCCGGAAUAUGUGCAAAGUGUACUUAAUCAUUUUGGAUUUUCCGCUUAUAAUGGACGCUUAAUUAAAUCGAUGCCUCAGUCGAUCAAAGAUAUGACAGUGGCAGAGUUUUACAAAGAUGCUAUCUAUACAUGGAUUGGAUUGCACCUUGACGAGCGUACUGCGGAUGAGCCAUUGACGGAGCAAGAUCGACAAAUUCACAAAGAACGGUUCUACGAGUAUGUUAAAUGUCGAAAGAACAUGCUCGUGAGACAUGUUCGUAAUCACCAGCAAAAGAAGCUGAUGAAAGCUCAGAUUGAUAAUGUGUGUAAUAUACUUCGCGAACGAAGUAUCAUCGAACUCGACAUUAUUGAGUCCCGCUUUUACAUGGAUCGUCAUCUGAGAACUCCAGCUCCACUCCUGCAAGAAAAUGGUUUUUUGAUUAACAACAAUAGGCGUAGUAAUGAGACUCAGCGAACACAAAAUGAAAAUUUUCUUUCAAAGUCGAAUGGAGUAGCAGCUCAAAAUGAGCAUCAGCCUGUUUCUCGUAGUGAUGUUCAAAGAGUUUUUGGAGUUGGUGUGUGCACCAACCAAUCGAAUAAGCCAUGUGCUGAUGCGGCAGGAGAAGCCCUAUUGGAGAAAACCUCCAAAGAACAAGAUGUGGAAACUCCAGCAGAGAAAAUGAAAGACGAUAAAGAUGGAUGCGAUAAGUGAACCCAAGAUGUUCGCUUCAGAUCUCUUUUUGCUAUUCUCUAGUUGUCAAACUCCCAAUGCUUGGUUUCUUUGUUGUAUAAUUAUAAUGCAAAAAUUAAUCACUUUGUUUUAUUUGCUUCCUCUUUCCACACAAAUCAUGGAUACAUUUAUUUGCAUAUCUCAUUUUAGACCCUGUCCUUCGAUACAGAAAAAAACGGUCAUUCCCCCCUGCCCUCCUUGUUUCCCAUUAUUCUUAUUACUCCUUUGUCCCAAUCAUGCCCUUCACAAGACGGUUACCUGUGUUUCUUUCCUGUUGCACCAUGAAAUUUUCAUCCCAUUCGAAUUCUGAUACCAGGAUCUCCCACCUAAUGCUCUUUACCAAGACCCUUCUCAACUUGUCAGACAAUGUAAUUUAAAGUUGAUUUGUUUUUUAAUAAACAUUGUUAGAGGGU